AUGAAGCUGGCAUACCUGUUCCUCGGCCCCCUGGCCCUCCUCCUCCUGGCCAGCUGCUGCUGCUGCGUCCUCGGCACCUCCGGUGGGAACCUGCGCACCUUCGUGGGCUGUGCCGUCAGGGAGUUUACUUUCCUGGCCAAGAAGCCGGGCUGCAGGGGCCUUCGGAUCACCACCGAUGCCUGCUGGGGCCGCUGUGAAACCUGGGAGAAGCCCAUUCUGGAGCCCCCCUACAUCGAAGCCCAUCACCGAGUCUGCACCUACAAUGAGACCAAACAAGCGAUCGUCAAGCUGCCCAACUGUGCUCCGGGGGUCGACCCUUUCUACACCUACCCCGUGGCCGUCCGCUGUGACUGCGGGGCCUGCUCCACCGCCACCACCGAGUGCGAGACCCUCUGA